AUGCCUCCAAGACGAGCCUGUGACGGCUGCUUCAAAAGAAAGAUCCAAUGCAUCAGACCGGAUCCCGGACGGCAGUGUGAAAGGUGCGCGAAGCUUCAUCUCGAUUGUGCGUGCAACAGGGAGCCGCACAAUGUCCUCGCAAACCAGGUCGCGAAGCUCGAGAGUCGGGUCGCUGAGCUUGAAGCAUCUCUUUUGCAGAUGCGCUCCGAGAUUAGCGUGACCCCUGCCACCACUUCACUUUCAACCCUGCGAGAGGAUACCACGGGUUGCAUCUCGCCAUAUCUCCAACAGAACUCCACGAGCGCUGCAUCUGCAUCGCUCUGGAACUGUCUCGGACUACAUUGGUACUUCAAAGGUAUACCCAUGAAUUCCGCCCAAGGCCGAGAGUGGCUUUCCUCCAAGAUCGGCGAAAGCGUCACUCUAGAUGGGUUUCAUCUCUUCGGAUCGCAGAGAUACCAUUUUAGCAGCUCAUCACCUCUAUUCACCUUCCCAGCAAAACGGACGAUAGAAGCAUUUUUAAAUUCGUACAUCACCUCAUCAUGGAGACUUCUAUACCCUGUUAUUGACCCAGCGCUUGUUGGGGAGACGUUGGAGGCAGCUUAUACCGAGUCGAAAUCGGCGCAGGCAUGCCUUUUGGCGUUCAUGGCUCUGUGUUUGCGGUUGAAGGGGUUUCGAGUACACCUUGAUGAUCGCGAUGUCUAUAUACGUGCGUCGCACAGCUUUCUGCCGGAAUUACUUAGCCAGAGCACCCUGGAGAGCCUCCAAACUGUUAUCAUGCUUCAAAUCUAUCACCUGCUCUCAGGCCAGUGGGGUGCCGCUGCUGAACUCCAUCCCUACGCCUGCCGCGCUAUACACGAUCUCAAAGGUCACAUCUCACAUCCAUCCGUGUCCAAAAGCGCAGUUGAUUGUCGACACAGACAUAUCCGGAACCUCUUCUGGCUAUGCUAUAUCCUCGACAAAGAUAUAGCCCUACGAUACGGAAGACCGCCUUCUCUGACGAGGGAGUAUUGUGACCUGACGCUGCCAGAUGAUUGGGCGAGGGUAUAUCACGCACCGGCCGGCACUACUCAAGGUGGGAUGUUCUUCCAGGACGAUUCUGUUUGCUUUUCGCAGGACCUUUGCCUUUCUCAGAUCAAAGAGAGGAUUUGUCAAUUUCUCUGCUCUCUGGAUAAUUCGAAACUAUCGGAUGGACUAAUUCUUAGUCAAGUUCGCCAGCUGGACGUUGAUCUUGAGAGGUGGCGCUCCAGCAUCCCUAUGCACUAUAAACCGAAGUGGUCUCUGAGUAUGGAACAGCCGCUCGUCCAUCCGCAAAUGUCUUUUGCUCAACAGGUCAGGUGUUGUCAUUUGCAGCUAGAGUAUAAUUACCUGACGACGGUGAUUCAUACGGCCGUCCGGAGAUGCGGCGCGGUCUACGCUGUGGAAGAUAAUCUUCCUGAAGAUCUUCAUAACGUUUAUCAUUCAAGUAGUGAUAUAUCUCUCGGAGCAAGUCGUAGUACUCUCCAGAUCUUCAAAUCAUAUCCAGAUGUUCUCCAGGAGGAUAUGUUUGGCCACAUCGCGAUAUACCCGCCGAUAGCGGCCAUGGCGUUAUUUAUGAACCUUCUCCUCCAUCCAUCUGACCAACGGGCCCGAAACGACAUUGAUCUCUUGGCGAGUUGUGCAACGUUGUUUCAGGAUAUAGCGAUGGAAGGCUUGACGAAUGAUGACAUGGACUGCAUUCAAGAACUGAACAGGUUCAUAUCCGAGCUGGUUCGUCUUGGGAACAGUGCGGUAUGGAAGGCAAAGAGGCAAUUAAAGAGCACGACCGGGAUAGCCAUGGCCGGGCAUUGA